AUGAAAACACCACUUCCUAGUCCCGAUGGACUAAACAGGGCGGCCAUUGCAUUCGGUAGUAAUCUGGGCGACCGAGUCGCAAACAUUGAGGCUGCCCUGUCUAGAAUGAGAGAUCCAAACCUCCGCAUCGUUAAGCUCAGCGCACUAUACGAGACAAAGCCCAUGUACUACGAUGACCAGGACCCCUUCUUGAACGGUGUCUGCCAGGUUGAGACAACUCUCGAGCCUUUAACGCUAUUGGAUAUGCUGCAGUCUAUUGAGAAUGAGCUGGGCCGGAAACGUACCAUUGAUAAGGGUCCUAGGACAAUUGACUUGGACAUCGUCCUCUACAAUCAGGAUUACAUUAAGCAUCCUCGUCUUCACGUACCACAUAUUAGCAUGCUGGAACGCGACUUCGUGCUCAGACCUCUAGCAGAGAUCUUACCCGACCAGCAUCUACCGCCAGACUUCACUCCGAACGGUUCGAAUCGGACAAUAAGCCAAUUCCUGCAAAGUCUUCCAGAAAAGGACACCACUAUGUCACCCGUCACUGUCCUGCACCCGCAUUUGCCACUUAUCCGGGUUCGGGACGCAACUCGCAAGACUCAUGUAAUGGCUAUAUUGAACUUGACGCCUGACUCAUUCUCGGAUGGAGGCAUCCAUUCAGAUUUGCAGACGAUCCGAGCCUCGGUGGCCAAAUUCAUUACUGCAGGCGCCACGAUCAUUGACAUCGGCGGACAAAGCACUCGACCAAGAGCGGAUUUCCUUGGUCCCGAUGAGGAGAUGGCACGCAUUCUGCCAAUUGUUCGUGCUAUCCGGGAAAUGCCCGAAGCUGAGAGAGUUGCCAUCAGUAUUGACACUUUCCAUUCAGAUGUGGCUCGAGAAACUAUUCUAGCCGGAGCAGACAUCAUCAACGACGUCUCCGCUGGGUUAUUGGACGAGCGGAUGCUGUCAACGGUGGCCGAGCUGGGAAAGACUGUUGUUCUCAUGCAUAUGAGAGGCGAUCCUCACACCAUGACACGAUUAACUGAUUACCCGGAUGGCGUUGUUCACGGAGUGGCUCGAGAACUCUCCACGCGGCUUCAAGCCGCUUUAGACGCUGGCAUUCCUCCGUGGCGCGUAAUCCUCGACCCGGGGUUAGGCUUUGCCAAAAACCAGGAGCAAAACCUCGAGCUUUUACGGAGUCUGCGGCAAUUGCGGGAAAGCACAGACUCCUCGUCUGUUCUGCAAAACUACCCCUGGCUCAUGGGACCGAGUCGCAAAGGCUUCGUCGGGAAUAUCACGGAGGUUGCUGAAGCUUCGCAGCGCAGCUAUGGAACUGCUGCCGCAGUCACUGCAAGCAUCGAAGGUGGAGCCGAUAUUGUUCGAAUCCACGAUGUUAGUGAAAUGAUGCAGGUCACCAAGAUGGCGGAUGCGAUAUACCGCCGGCCCUAA